GUUUUAUUAAUUUCUACAUAACACACGCGCACACAGUAUAGAGAAAAAUCAAUCAAAUCUCGGGGACUCACAAAAGUUGGAUUUUUGAUUCGUUUUUCCAUUUCCCGAUUCAGUCUUCAAUACCCAAGUCUCCAAAAUUUUCGUUUGAUCUCUCCGUUUCCUGUUCUGGGUUGUUUGGUUUGUUCAAUUUUAUCUAGAAAAUCCGACUAUUUUCUCCCCGGGAGUCGGAAGUCCGAUGAAAAACGGCGAGUUCCGGUGAAAGAGAGAAGCGGAGAUGAGGGGGGUUAAUGGAGACUCGAGAACUGGGAACACCACUUUGGAGACUAUAAACGCAGCUGCCACCGCGAUCGCAGCCGCGGAGAACCGUGCGCCUCACGCCACCGUUCAGAAGAGAGGAUGGGGGAGUUGCCUGAGCACAUAUUGGUGUUUUGGAUUUCAAAGACACAGAAAGAGAAUUGGGCACAUUGUUCCAGAAACAACGGAUACUGGAGGUCAUGCUCCAAGAGCGGAAAGUUCAAUCCAGGCACCUUCAAUUGUAUUUCCCUUUGUUGCGCCUCCAUCCUCUCCUGCAUCGUUUCUUCAAUCAGAACCUCCUUCUGCCACACAAUCACCAGCUGGUUUUUUCUCUCUUUCAGCCAGCAUGUACUCCCCUGGGCCUGCCUCAAUUUUUGCUAUCGGUCCUUAUGCUCACGAAAACCAGUUGGUCUCACCACCUGUUUUCUCAACCUUUACUACUGAACCAUCAACUGCUCCCUUCACUCCUCCUCCCGAGUCUGUUCAUUUGACUACACCUUCCUCGCCCGAGGUUCCAUUUGCUCAGCUUCUUGAUCCUCACUUCCGGAAUGGUGAAGGCGGUCAGAGAUUCCCAUUAUCUCACUAUGAGUUUCCAUCUUACCAACUUUACCCUGGAAGCCCAGUUGGUCAGCUUAUAUCGCCAAGCUCGGGCAUCUCGGGUUCUGGUACUUCUUCUCCUUUCCCAGACCGUGACUUUGCUGUUGGUGGUCCUCACUUCCUGGAGUUCCGAGCAGGUGAUCCUCCUAAGCUCUUGAACCUUGACAUUCUCUCCACGCGUGAUUGGGGUUCAAGACUAGGUUCUGGUUCUGUGACCCCUGAUGGUGCAAGGUCAACAGCUUCUGAUGGUUUCUCUCUAAAGCCUCACACCCCUGAGGUUGUAUUAAAUCCACGAUCAAACAAUAGAGGUCGGAAUAAUGGAAUUGUGAUCAACCAUAGGGUCUCAUUUGGGUUAAGUUCUGAAGCAUUUGUAAGAUGUGUGGAAAAGAAGACUCUGGCAUUAGCUGAAGCUGCAUCAACAUCUAUAGAAGAAGCAGAAAAGGCCCAGAGCGAAGAGGAUCCUAGCAAAGCAGCGAGCAGUUCUGAGUGCCCUGCUCCUGAGACAUCCAGUGAGGCACCAGAGACAGCAGUGGCCGACGAGGAGGCACAACUGCAUCAGAAGCAGCGAUCCAUCACACUUGGUUCUAAUAAGGAAUUUAAUUUUGACAAUGCCGAAGGAGGAGAUUCAGGCAGCUCUAAUACUAUUGGUUCCGACUGGUGGGCAAAUGAGAAGGUUAGUCCGAAGGAAAAUGGGCCACCAAAGAAUUGGUCUUUCUUCCCUAUGAUGCAGCCGGGUGUUAGUUAACUAGUAUGCAUCUUGCUCAAUGCCUCCCUAUCCAUGGAGCAUCGGAGGUAAGGCAUGGAUUUUGGUUUUCAAAACCGGUUGACGCUUAGUGCCACAGCGCCUCAAAUUACCGACAAAUUUUGGGUUAUAGAUUGGGAAAUCUGUAGAUGAUGACUGAGCCAGGUCUAAAGCUGUUCUUUUUGUACAUGGUGACCUGGAAUUCAAGCUCUAAAGACAGGUAUGGAUAGUAUAAAACCACAGAUUAGUGUCAGCUUUUGGAUAGGUUCAUGUGUUUUAUGCAUUAUAAAUUACAAUACAAGUAGAUAAGGAUGAUGAUCCCAUUAAAUGAACGAUAGUAGACUGCUAGUUGAUGAAAGUUGUAUCUUUGACUCAUUUUCCUUAUCACAUUUCUUACAACUCUAGUUUUGAGUCUUUUUAACGUCGGUUCA